AUGAAGUUGGUGGCUAGGAUCGUCCAAUGGCGGAAGGUGACGGUGCCAGCGAAGCCUGGAGAUCGUGACGCCUUAUACGCAUCGAGUAUCCCGGGAAAAGCUUGCUACCGGGAUUAUUCCCUGGUCGCGGUGAUCAGCGCAGAGCUAGGAUGUUGCGACAGUACUCCAGCAGUCGCCGAGCGAUGGGGGCCAGAGAGUAGAGAGGACAGGCCAGGACCAGGCCAGGGCCAGAAGGGAGACGAUCAGCGAGAGAAUGACCUCAUUGUCGUUGGGGCGGACAUUGAUUCGAUGCAUGCCGAGACUAAGAUGGCGUUAGUGAGCGGGGGCCUGCUGGGGGGAAAUGACCAGUGA